AUUCAAUUGAUAUACAGUGCAACAUCACUUGCAGGCAGUCGUAACCCGCCCACGUUGAGUCUCUUCCUUCUUCACUACGCCACGGCGCACCCCAACAUAUCUAAUUAUGGACGGAGAGGAAUUUCCUGAGGCUCCGAAUGGCUCAAGUACUCAUACUUUGUCUGCGAGUUUGAAGCGCAAUUUUGACAGGCUCACCGCCAAUGGGGAUCAUGCCGAAGCAACUGGUUCCAACCUCCACAAUCCUGAUGCUAAUGCAAGCGAUAGGAAUGGAAAUAAGAGACUUCGUAGUAGUUCUCCUACAAGAGCUCAGGGACAUGGACAGACUUCACUGAUGGCGCCUUCAUCACUUGCCAACGUUUACAACACAUCUCAACCGUCCACUAUGUCAUCGAGCAGGGUUCUCGAUGACGACGGAUCUUCCAAUUCCACAACACACACGUCCAUGCUUUUAGAUGCACCCGUAUCUCUCGCCACAUCUUUCCUACGGCCUCGUACAGGCUCUGAGACAACUCCCAUAUCCACGGCUUCUGGUCCCGCCGCAGUCAAUGGGAGUGAUCGCUCAACUCCCCUGCAGGACAGAUCAUCUUUAACUCGCGACGAAUGGCAAAUAACAAAUCGCGAUACAACGGGACAGAAUCGUACGCUAACAUCAAUUUCCGGGCCUUCAAUCCUCCAAUCGCUUCCGAAUGCUUCCUCGUUGUCUGGCACGCGGCAGGGCGCAACUCAGGCUCAGCUGGACGCAUUAGAAACUGUUCUCGCAAGGUCGCGCGAUUUUCAAGCAAACGUUCAGGCUAUCCUUGAGUCACCUGUUAGUGCCCAAGGCGUCCGGCCACCAAUCCCCACACGUGGAGCUACAGGCGACCCUUCCGGGACCACGUUGCCACGUCGCCAUACCACAACCCCUCGGUGGCCGGAGCUUGUGCCAAUAGCUCUUGACAGCCCUAGAAGCGUCCUCAUGUCCUCUGUAGCGUAUGAAUCUGUGGAUAGCUCUGGAAAUGAAACGGAUGCCACGGCACGUGUCCAGACAGCUGAGACGUCUGCUUCUGAGCAACCCCUAGUCCCUAAUUGGGGGAGCCGCUCUACUGGGCCGUCUAUUGCUGCAGUCGAGCAUCCCGCAGCAAAUAUCUUGCAUAAUGGGUCCGCACCUGUUCUCCCGUUCAGAUCACACCCACCGCGAAGGAUCGGGUCGCCUCCGACAAUGGAUUGGUCACAAGUUCCUGCAUCCGCUGAGACUCUCACCUCAGCAGCAUCAACAAUCGAUUCUAAUGAGGCAUCGGAAUCAAUGUCUCGCAUGGCGACUCCCCCAACCUCACCGAGAAUGGUAAUGCCCGUUGAAGAGCGUCGAACAUACCAGAAUCCCAGGUCUGCAGGUACAACUAACUCUAAUUGGAGAAGGCUUGUCCCGGUGCCAAACUCACCCGCCCUGAGGUCAGAUCCUGCCAGUGUGGAUGUGAACGCUGGUAAUGCCUCUGAUGGAUCCUUUUCAUUUCGGCCUCAACCCCUCCCGGGUUCAGGUCCGACAGCGUUGAGCAGAGGGGGAUUGGCACACGGUCCGCCCAUUAUGUCCUCGGGGGUUCGUUCGGGGACUCGGAGAUCUUCCCUCUUGAGGAAUGUGAUAGAGACAUCUCCUGUCCCCGAUCAGUUCCGGAACCACAUAAGACUCGAGGAUGGUGACUCGUUUCAUAAUCCGUUCCCACCCGCUUUGGGCCCUGUUGCAUCUCGAUCUCAAAAUAUCCCCUCACCUAAUCGCACCAAUAACGAUCCCCGGCAACUUUCCCACUCAUCAUCACUCCCUCAACCUAGACUUCCACAAUGGCAACGAAGGCUCGCACCAUAUCCGCCUCAGUUGUCACAAAGGCGAGAUUGGUUGCAUGAAGGGCCAGUUCAUGAUCGUACCCGCAACUGGGCCGAUUCCCUGUGGUCACCUGGUGGUGAAGACUGGGACGAUCCGACCGGGAAUUCUUUCCCGGAUGAUAUCGCGGAUGAUAUGACCACUUUUCGUGGAGUUCGCAACCCCGGCGAACGCUACCCCCAGGCAAACCGUAUUCCUUCUGUAGGAGAUACUGACGCAGUUGACGUUGGGCUGUUGAAUGAUCUUUCGGGGGAUUCUCAACACAACUCUUCCUCUCGACCAUCGCCUUCUUGGGAACAACCGGUGGAAUGGAAUCCUUCGCCUUCUCUGAUACCUCCGCGGAUACGAUCCGACGGUUUAUCUACUGUUUACCGCCGAUCACAAGCGAUCUCUGGUGACCGGAGGACUAGAAACACUUCAGACGAAGUGGUGGCUAGCUCCUUUGAAUCAUCAGGUGUUGCUACUCCAGUUUUCAGAGAUCUCGUAGACAUGCCGGGCGGUUCUGGGCCUGAGCCCGCGAAUGCCCAGCGCUCACAUCGUCAGCCACCAGGGCUUCUGCGUCGGCUGACUCACAACGCGGGAUUGUUCCCCCCGUUCACUCGUCGCGCAGAUGAGCCUCCGGAAGUUUAUGUCAUUGCGCCCUCUGCAUCACGCGAAGAAACCGUGAGCUUCAUUACUUCUCUCGUUUCGACGAUUUGAUUUUGACCACCCCCAAGGAAUCUUUGGAUUUAUCCUCAAUGGAUCGUAUGAGCACUAUCAGCGAGUAUCAAGCGUUUGUUCGACGCAUUCAGCGGAUACGGAGUCGACUCCACCAACAGAUGAAUAGUCUCGAUGGCGCUCUACGCGAAGCGCGCAACAGAAUUGACACCUUGCAGGACAGCAUUGCGAUCCCUUAUGCCAAUAGUUCCAGCUUUCCACGAGGCGCCUCCGAGAACCCCCAAUCUGGUUUACUGGGUGCGCCUAUACCGUACCCAAGCAGUAGAC